AGCGCAGACCGACCUUCCCGUAGCAAGCGCAGAUCUCUGCUGAACGACGAUGAAUGGCCACCACGACGCCCUCUCUGACGACUCCCAAUCGCUGUCAAGCGCCUUCACCGUGGCCCAUGCCGACGUCAUGCAGCAGCUGCAGAACCUGCAGAGGUCCCAAGAGGCACUCGCCGCACAGCAGAAGAGACAAAUGCAGCAGAUGGAGGCACGACACCAAGCCGAUAGGGAGGAGCGGCGGGCUGAGAGGGACGAGUGGCGCCGUGAACGGGCUGCUCUCGAGGGCCGCAUCCGGCAGCUGGAAGAGAACAGCAUAUCGGUGGGGGACAUGAACUUUGAGGGUGGCGUCUAUCGUGGGCUGCUGAUGAAUGGGCAGCCCCACGGCAGCGGCACUCUGCUCACACCUGAUGGCCGCGUCAUCUACACAGGUGACUGGCGGCACGGCAAACGGCACGGCUAUGGUGAGGAGUUCAUCAACGGCAAGGUGACCUACAGGGGCGUGUGGGUGAGAGGGGAGAAGAAGGGAGCUAUCGUGGCGACGGGCAUGCGGUGGGAGGGCCAUUUCUAUCAUGGUCCCACACUCGAUGGCAGACCACACGGCGGGGGGGAGCUGCGGGACCGCCACGACAAGAUCAUCUUCAAGGGUCAGUGGACUAACGGCCGUGGCCACGGCGACGAGUUCGACUCACAGGGCCAGGUGAUUUACAAGGGCGAGUGGGCGGACGGCAAGCGGCACGGCCAGGGGAAGGCAUACUAUUACUAUGAUGGUCCUGUGUUGUGGUUUGAUGGCGAAUGGCGAGAGGGCCUGGCCCACAGCGGCACCCUCUUCCCUGACGGCAACUGGCAUGGACAGAAGAAGUUUGACGGCAGCCCUAAGUAUCCCCUCACCGCGUCCAUCACGCCCAUUCGAUGGCAGGCCGGACAGAGGAUUCCCAACACCGACGUGCCUGGAUGGGGAUCUGGCAAAUUACAUGAGUGUCUGCGGUAUGAGGGACUGUUGGUGUAUCUGCCUCAUGGCGCAUUAGGGUGGUGAUGGUCUCUUGUGGCUGGCUGACUGCCUGGGUGGCCGGUGUGUGUGUGUGAUAUCAAUCUGUGGAUCUGACGGGAAGAGGAAUGCUGACACAAUAUUGAGGAAUUGAGACCCCUGGUAUCUGGGUGCAUUUUCUUCGUUGUGCACUGGAAGACAUCGGUGUUGAUUGAGAGAGGGAAGGAGGGACAGCCGGUUUUGAUGCUUCCUGCUGUCUGUGUGAACACAACGGGGAUGCACUGCUGGCCUGCUGGCUGCGCAUUAUCCAUACACACCCACACACAUACACAGACGCACACACACACACACACACACACAGAGAGAGAGAGAGAGAGCGAGAUGGAGGGAAGGGCGUGGGCAGUGUCUGCUGGCGCCAGUGUGUAUCUGCCUGUCCAUCUCUGCAUUGAUAAAUGUGUGUGCCCAUGUCAUGUGUGUGCCCAUGUCAGCUCUGCCCAUGUCAGCUCGUCUGGCUGCUGAUGGGUGCAUGUGCGCGGCUGUGGGUUUCUAUGCCCGUGACGACUUGCGUGUGUGUGUGUCGGAUGUGAUGACUUUGCCAAUGUCAUGUUCGUGUGUAGAUGUGUGGCAGUCAACUGCAACUGAAUUGAGACCAAAAAGUGCAUCGGCGUUGUCCACAUUUCGGCAGACACACAUGAAAGCAAAACACACAGCAACGAGCCAACAAAUAGACAGCCACAGAGUGAAAUAGAUGCCCCAUCCGCCAAAGUCCAACUGAGCGAGUCGGAAUUAAGCUACGAGGAAAACGAAAAGGCCACAACAGCUUUGUGUUGUCUCUUUGACGUACAGCCAGAUGGCAACGAGCAGCU